AUGCUCGUCGCGGCGCCAGUGAUGGUGGACGGAACGGGGAGCCAGGUGUACACCGCGACGGCGGGCAUGACGGCGGCGCAGCACGAAGCCGCCAAGCGCGUCUCGCGGCGCAUGGCCGUCCUGAACGGAGCGUCGGACGCGGAGCUGUCCGCGCUGCCGCGGACCGUCGCGUGCGCCGUUCGCGCGUGGUCGCCCGCAGGCGGCGUGGGGCCGCCCCGCACCGUCGGCGUGGUGCUGUUCCCGCUAUCCGCCGCCGACGCAGUGCAGUGCGCGGCGGCGCCGCCGUCGCAGUGGCCCGCGAACGGCGCCAGUGCGUCGUAUCAGGCGCACUUUGUUUGUCUCGACGGCGGCGGCGGGGAGGGCGCCGCGGCGCUGGCCAUGCGCGCAGUCAGCGAGCGGCUGUCCGGCAGCAACGCGGCGCCGCUGGUGUGCAUGCACAGCGCGCCGGCGCUCGGGACGCUCAGCGCUGCCGGGUGCGCGCUGCCGCCGCCGCUGGAGCUGCGCGUGGCCGACGUGUCGGUGAUGGCGUGGCUGCUCGAGCCCGACGCAGCGCACGAGUACGACAGCGCGAGCAGCAAGGCGGCGUACCCGCUGUAUCCACUGCUCGCGGCGCGGGUUGGGGGGGGUGAGGUGUCGGCGACCGCGGCGUACGGCGCAGGGUCGCCGCUGGAGCGCGCCGGCGCGGACUGCCGCGCGCUGGUGACGCUGUGGCGCGCGUGCCGCGCUGCGCUGGACGACGCGAUGCCGGUGGAGGCGCUGCGGCGCGAGAUGCGGUUAGCGGCGGUGCUGCAGGACAUGGGGCGGUACGGCCUGCCGCUGGUGCCGCGCGUGCUGGCUGGCUGGGAGCAGGCGGUGCGGGUGCGCGUGGACGAGCUGGUCGCGGCGGCGCGGGGAGACACGGGGCUGCCGAGCCUGAACCUUGCGUCGCCGGCGCAGGUGGCGAAUGCGCUCUACGAGACGCUGGACAUUCCGAUCGAGGUAGGCACGGGCGGGUCAACGGCGCGGACGAAGACCGGGCGGCCGACUGACGAGGGGGCGCUGACGGCUCUCAAGCGCCACUGCGAGGCCGGGCCCGGACACCGCCUCCCUGGCAUCGUGCUUGAGUUCCGCCGCCUCAGCAACUUCCUGCAUCGUUUCAUCGAGUCCGACUGGGCCCAAGCGGCCGCCGCCGCGUGCCGCGCCGCGGGCGCGAGAGCCGAGCGCGACCCCGCGGGCCGCGCGGUCACGCGCGUGCGGUGCGCGUGGAACCAGACCUCCACCGCGACUGGAAGACUCAGUUCCUCGAAUCCCAACCUCCAGGCAGUCGACAAGGGGUCCUUCGUGAUCGGCGGCGCCGGCGGCGGCGACAGCACGACGGUCUCGGCGCGGGACGCGUUCGUCGCGCCCGCCGGGCGCGUGCUGCUGUCUGCGGACUACUCUCAGAUCGAGCUGCGCGUUUUGGCGCACCUGACGAAGGACGCGGCGCUGCUCGAGGCGCUGCAGCAGGCCGGGACCGGGGGCGACACGUUCCGGAUGGUGGCGCGGACGUGGCUGGGGGUGUCUGGCGAGGGGGGGGUGUCGGACGCCGAGCGCGAGAAUGCCAAGCGCGUGGCUUACGGGAUCAUCUACGGGCAGACGGAAGUCGGGCUGGCGCCGCAGCUGAACGUGACGGCGGAGCGCGCGCGCGAGCUGAUCGCGUCGUUCCUGAACCACUUCGGGGGGGUGUCUGCGUGGCUGAGUCAGGUGCGCGAGCAGGCGACGGCCGACGGCAGGGUGGUGUUGCCCAGCGGGCGCUGGCGGCACCUGCCGAACAUCCAGUCCGAGGCCGCCGGGCUCAAGCGCGCCGACGAGCGCAAGGCGGUGAACACGAUCGUACAGGGCACCGCAGCCGAGAUCAUGAAGGACGCGAUGCUGGCGUGGGCCGCGAGGCAGCACGCGCUCGCGGCGGCGAGUCCGGACGGCCAGGGCGCACCAGUAAUCAUGCUGGGAACAAUACACGACGAGUUGCUAUUCGAGGUCGACGUGGGACGGACGACUGUGGCGGCGGCGGCGCAGAUGGUGCGCGAGGCGAUGGAGGGCGUCGCGGGGCACAUGAGCGUGCCCAUCGUGGCAAAGGUGCAGGCGGGGGCAACGUGGUCGACCCUGGCGGCAGUCGAGGCUUAG